GGACAUCGCCUGCACUACGGAAAAGUGAUGCUCUGAAAGUCUGCAGCCUUACUAAGGCCAAACGCAUCGCCAUGGCGGUGUAUUCCAAUUCCUUGGGAACAUCGAGUCCUGCGUUUGACCCAUGGUCCACAGCGUCAGUGGAUCGGGAUGUCCCGCAUUUGCCCAGCUCUGUGACUGAGGAGAAUAGCACUGCGGAGAGGUGUUACCUCUCACAUUCUCACAGCAGUGUGCUUCAGGGGCUUCCCUUCGGUGGAGUGCCCACUGUCCUCGCUAUCAACCUCGUCCUCUGGCUGUUUCUGUUGCUGGUUUUCUCCUGCGUGAGGAAGGCUGCAUGGGAUUACGGACGUUUGGCUCUGCUGAUGGAGAAUGACAGCCUAACAUCGCUUUUCUAUGGAGAGCAAAGUGAGAAGGAGAAGUCUCCUUCUGAAACCAGUCCCUCAGACUCUGAGACUAAAGAUAUGGGUUUCUGCUCCUGGCUCACAUCUCUCUACCACAUGAAGGACGAAGAGAUCCGUAGCAAGUGUGGCAUUGAUGCAGUUACAUACCUGGCAUUUCAGCGCCACGUCAUCUUUCUCAUGGCUGUAGUGUGUCUACUCUCGCUGAGUGUUAUCCUACCUGUCAACCUCUCUGGAACACUCCUGGAGGACAGCCCUAGGAAUUUUGGUCGGACGACUGUGGCGAACAUAGCAGCACAGAACAGUUUUCUGUGGAUACACAGCAUCUUCGCACUGCUGUACUUUGUAAUUACUGUACUGUGUAUGGUCCACCACUCCUCACAGUUGGAAUACAAAGAGGAUGAGAAGGUGGCCAGAACUUUAAUAAUCACCAACAUUCCCAGAGAGAUUUCUGACCCUGGAUUGAUUACAAAACACCUCCAUGAAGCUUACCCGAGCUGUACAGUCACGGACAUCUGCUUCUGUUUCAAUGUACAAAAGCUAAUGAAGCUGGACUCUGAGAGGCGAAAAGCAAUGAAGGGGAGGAUGUAUUUCACCACCAAAUCACAGAAGGAAGGCAGGAUCAUGAUAAAGACACAUCCCUGUGCUCAGAUCUUCUGCUGUGAUUUAUGUGGUUUUGAACAGAUUGAUGCAGAGCAGUAUUAUAGUGAACUGGAGGAGAAGCUUACAGAUGAGUUUAAUGCAGAAAAGAAUCGCAUUACCAUGAAGAGACUGGGCAUUGCCUUUGUCACUUUCAGAGAUGAGAGGAUGACUGCAGUCAUUGUGAAGGACUACAGGAGGGCACGUUGUCGUUGGAAACCACAGCAGUCCAGCAUCACUACAGUCGUGCAUUCGCACCAGUGGGGUGUCCGCUAUGCCCCUGCCCCCAAUGACAUCAUCUGGGAGAACUUGUCCGUAAGUGGCUCUCGCUGGUGGCUUCGAUGCGUCCUGCUUAAUAUCCUGCUCUUCCUCCUGCUGUUCUUCCUCACUACUCCUGCCAUCAUCGUCAACACUAUGGACAAGUUUAAUGUCACCCGGCCUGUUGAAAGCCUCCGGAACCCGGUUAUCACCCAGUUUUUCCCCACUUUGCUUCUAUGGGCUUUCUCCGUUCUGCUUCCCUUCAUCGUGUAUUACUCCGCCUUCUUCGAGUAUCACUGGACCAGGUCUAGUGAGAAUCAGACCACCAUGCACAAGUGCUUUCUACUUCUGGUCUUUAUGGUUAUCAUUCUACCUUCUCUUGGACUGUCCAGUUUGGAUUUCUUCUUCAGGUGGCUCUUUGACACACACUUCCUGGAUCAAAAAGAUGUAAAGUUCCAAUGUGUGUUCUUGCCUGAUAAUGGAGCUUUCUUUGUGAAUUACGUCAUCACGUCAAGUCUGAUCGGCACAGCGAUGGAGCUUCUGCGGAUUCCCUCACUAUUGGUUUACUCACUGCGUCUUUGCUUCGCAAAAUCAAAAGCUGAGCGCAUCCAUGUUAAGCGAAGUCAGGCCUAUGAGUUCCAGUUUGGAUUAGAGUAUGCCUGGACUAUGUGCAUAUUCUCUGUCAGUAUGACCUACAGCAUUACUUGCCCCGUCAUCGUACCCUUUGGGCUGUUGUACCUGAUUCUGAAGCACAUGGUUGACCGGUAUAACAUCUACUAUGCCUACAUCCCGACCAAGCUGAGCCAGCACAUCCACUCGGCUGCUAUCAAGCAGGUGCUUGUGGCACCAAUUCUCUGCAUUUUUUGGCUUCUCUUCUUCUCUGUGCUUCGACUCGGUCCGAUGCGACCCAUCACUCUUUUCACGUUCAUUUCUGUACUUUUGUGCAUCAUCUUUGCCCUCUUUGGAAUAUGUCUAAAAAAACUACAGCCAGACAGAUCAACAAGCUAUCAGAUGUCAGAUACAACCACAGAAGGAGCCUACAGCGAUAUGGAGAGAAGUACAGCAUCCACCACGACUACUGCUAAUCUCUUUGUAGCCUCGGUCUUAUUGGAACCGGAGCUGGGUCUGACACCAAUGCCCUCGCCUGCCCACCAGAGUUAUGGCACCAUGGGCAACUGCCAGGCCUCAGUCCAUGAGGAAGAGGUGGCAACUGGGAAAGAUGUGGAGGAGACAGUGGAGACAGAGCUUGAAGACAUACCAAGACCUGUCUGCUCCAGUUCUUUGAUGGACAGCCCAGUGGACUACCAGUGACACCCACUCACCUCUACCAGCAAAGUGAAAGCCCCCUGCCUCACCCUAAUUUGAGGUUGUUACUGAGGCACAAUGCUGCAUUUUUUUCCCCUCCAAAAAACAUUUCGGGAAUGGAUCUGGCACAAUGUGUGGCCACGUAGUCUCUCUUUAUUCUUUCACAAUCUUUCUUGAUCUUAAGUCUUUUGUCUUCUUCUGUCAGCAUCUGUUUUUCUUGUGCCCUUCUUGAGGCUGAUGUUGUCCCGCACCAUUGCUGAUGGAACUGGACCCUCUGCUUUUGAAGAGUUUGUCCUUGGCUCUGCUGAUUUCUAAGGUCAUGUCCUAACUAGUGUUUUUUUGAGCUUGUUCUAUGUGAUUCCCAAAACUUGAUCCAGUGCACUUCUGCUUAGACCGGAUGUCAAUGCAAAUGGCCAUGGGACAUAAAAUAUUUGUAUUUGUUACUUGUUGCCUAUUAAUAAGGCUUUUUCCCCUUGAAGUUUGGGGUUUAUCUGAAGGUGUACAGAAUCGCUUUUCAUUGAAGGAAUGUUGUGCUUAAUUAUUAUUAUUAUUAUUAUUAUUAUUAUUAUUGUUGUUGUUAUUGUUGUUGUUGUUGUUUGGGGCAUUUAACUGUGUAAUUUUGAGUUUUCUUUUUUGCACCAAGAGUCCAGCAAAGAUCUUCAUCAAUCUUCACCCUGCCUGCUACAACUUUGUAUUUUUUAUCCUUCACUGCAUACUUCUGUUUGUAGUCCAAAAAGGAACAAAAGUCACAAUUAUCCAUGCAGCGGAAAUUUAUAUAUUUAACUAGAACAAGAUAAACAUUAAAUCGAGGAACAUACUGUAGUAUAAUAAGGAAAAAUAAAAAAUUAAAACUAAUAGCCCCUUAAGCCCCCUAAAACUCUUAAUGACAAAUUAGUGAAUUAUCUCAGCAAUUGAUUUGUUAGAUAUAACAUUUAAAGUAAGCCUUAAGAGAAAAAAACAUUAUUAGAUAUGUAUCAUUAUUAGGAAUAUACAUCCCUUCAUUAUUACAUUGAAUAUUAAUAUUGCAUUGCAUAAGGGCUUCAACACUGCAUGUUGUCAUAAAAGCUAUUUUUCUUACACAAAAUCUGUUGCAGUCUGCAGCACUCUCAAUUUGGUGAAGUGUUGCCCCAGCUACUAUACCAUUCUAAUGCUUUUUGUAAGUUUUUUGUACUACACGUGUUGCUGCUACAGGUUACAGUGCACGACUGGUUGGGAAAGGGGUGGGUGGGUUUUCUUGCCAAACUGAAUGCAAACGAAUGUUUGUUUUGUGCUCUCUUGCUGUGCCUUGAAGAGAGAUUUAGGAGAAAAAAAAACUUUUUUAAAUGUCCGACAAUCCAGCAUGGCCUGUGAUAUGCUGCAUGGACUGGUGACAACAGAGCAGGAGACAACGAAGUGCCAAAAAGUCCAGUACAUAUUUCAUUUACACAGUUACUUACGCAAUGAUCGCCUUAGCACUUCCAUCCAAGGAACCCAUCAUUUCUCUCAUAAAGCACAACAUCCAGCCUCACAUCCACAUUUAUCUAGCUCUUUUCGAUUCUGCACACUUAUUUUGAUAAACAGUACAACACCCUGAAAGAUGCAGACUGAAUAUUAAAUCGAUUCAUUUGAUGAAUUUGUGCUAACUGUACUUAUUAGCAUCCGGUGUAUAGAAUUUGUUUUCUUCACCCAGUGGAAGUUUGUGGGCUGUAAGGUUUCAAUGUAUAACAGGGAGCACAUUGCAGGGUGAGUUACAGUACUAUGCCGCAUCCCGCUGUACCGUAUCUCACUACAUCAAAAAAUUAUAAACAAUAAAAUACAACUGCAAACAACAUAUCAAUCGUAUGUUCUUCAACAAUGAGGCUGUGGUCUUUAAAAAUUGCUAAAAA